GUCUACCCCCAGAAGAGAAGAAAUUCUGGCACUCUCAUAACUACAGUGUCAAAUCUGGCCUCUGGAUCAUGCCAACCAGUAUAUCUCCUGGAAUAAUACAUGAACGGGCAGAACGCGCCGAAUUAGCAGGUCUUGCCAAGACUUACGGAAAAUCGUUCAUAUUUUGGCAAUUUGACAGGGGCGAUCGACUUCCGCUUGGACCUCCUCAGCUAAUGAUGAGUUUCACAGAGGAUUGGCAGUUGGAUCAACAAGUACUUUCACGUAGAGACGGGAGAUAUCAUUUGAAUACUGAGAUUAAAAGAGAUGAUAGAAAAAAAUAUUCCAAAGAUCAUUGGAAGUCUGGUGAAGGUAUGGAUUAUGAAUUCGUAAGUGAAUACUCUGUUCAUAAUCACUCACAAGCGUUUCAUUUAGCGUGGCAAACUCAAAUGGCCAAG